AUGGUCCCAUGCUCCCCCAUGCUCCCAUGCUCCCCGUACUCCCCCGUGCUCCUCCAUGCUCCCAUGCUCCCGUGCUCCCCCGUGCUCCCCCAGCCCGGAGCCCCACGCUUGCCUCAGCUGGCAGAGUCCUCACUCCGUUGGCGCAGGCUGGGGCACAGGUGUUUGUAUUUGGGGGAGCUCCAGGCAGUUCUCAGGGGUUCCUGGCGACCUGGAACUCCUCGGAGGCUGGUGUCAGAUGUGGUGGGUGUCGUGGCAGACAUCAGGCUUCUGAGAACUCCCGGGGUCACUCCAGGGCUGCUUGCGUCUCCACCCUUCUGUGGGGCGCGGGGGCUGAGGAAGGAGGGCUCCGCGCUGUCCCUCACCCAAGCGGAAGGGUCUGAGCUGGGACUCCAGGGCUGUGGCCAGGCCCAGAGCAGGGGAGACGGUCCUUCACCCCCACGCGAAGGAGGCCACGGGCACCAGGCCCAACAGGCCACUGAGCCCAAGGAGUGCGGCCAACGGUAUCUGAGGUGCUUGGCUCUCUGGUCCCGUGGUGUCGUUGGAGGAGGCUGGGACGCAGAGCUGCCAUUGUGGGACUCCGGUGUGGCGUGUCACAUCGCCGUGGACACUCCACGUGAACUGACUGUGCCCGAGAUUGGCCUGAGCGAGGCCGCGGGCCCCGCGGGGCAGGGGGUGACCUCCCAGAAGACAAGACUGUGUGACUCGGGCCGGCAGCUUCAGAAGCACAGCUGCAGACGGCCACCCGCCCCUCACCCUGCACCCGCCCCUCACCCUGCACCCGCCCCUCACCCCGCCCCUCACCCUGCACCCGCCCCUGACCCCGCCCCUCACCCUGCACCCGCCCCUCACCCUGCACCCGCCCCUCACCCCGCCCCUCACCCCGCCCCUCACCCCGCCCCUCACCCUGCACCCGCCCCUCACCCCGCCCCUCACCCCGCCCCUCACCCCGCACCCGCCCCUCACCCUGCACCCGCCCCUGACCCCGCCCCUCACCCUGCACCCGCCCCUCACCCUGCACCCGCCCCUCACCCCGCCCCUCACCCCGCCCCUCACCCCGCCCCUCACCCUGCACCCGCCCCUCACCCCGCCCCUCACCCUGCCCCUCACCCCGCACCCGCCCCUCACCCUGCCCCUCACCCCGCCCCUCACCCUGAACCCGCCCCUCACCCCGCCCCUCACCCCGCCCCUCACCCUGCCCCUCACCCCGCCCCUCACCCUGCACCCGCCCCUCACCCUGCACCCGCCCCUCACCCCGCCCCUCACCCUGCACCCGCCCCUCACCCUGCACCCGCCCCUCACCCCGCCCCUCACCCUGCACCCGCCCCUCACCCUGCACCCGCCCCUCACCCCGCCCCUCACCCUGCACCCGCCCCUCACCCUGCACCCGCCCCUCACCCCGCCCCUCACCCUGCACCCGCCCCUCACCCUGCACCCGCCCCUCACCCCGCCCCUCACCCUGCACCCGCCCCUCACCCUGCACCCGCCCCUCACCCCGCCCCUCACCCUGCACCCGCCCCUCACCCUGCACCCGCCCCUCACCCCGCCCCUCACCCUGCACCCACCCCUCACACCGCCCCUCACCCCGCACCCGCCCCUCACCCCGCCCCUCACCCCGCCCCUCAUCCUGCACCCGCCCCUCACCCUGCACCCGCCCCUCACCCCGCCCCUCACCCUGCACCCGCCCCUCACCCCGCCCCUCACCCUGCACCCGCCCCUCACCCUGCACCCGCCCCUCACCCUGCACCCGCCCCUCACCCUGCACCCGCCACUCACCCUGCACCCGCCCCUCACCCUGCACCCGCCCCUCACCCUGCACCCGGCCCUCACCCUGCACCCGCCCCUCACCCCGCCCCUCACCCUGCACCCGCCCCUCACCCCGCCCCUCACCCUGCCCCUCACCCCGCCCCUCACCCCGCCCCUCACCCUGCACCCGCCCCUCACCCUGCACCCGCCCCUCACCCUGCACCCGACACUCACCCUGCACCCGCCCCUCACCCUGCACCCGCCCCUCACCCUGCACCCGGCCCUCACCCUGCACCCGCCCCUCACCCCCCUCACCCUGCACCCGCCCCUCACCCCGCCCCUCACCCCGCCCCUCACCCUGCACCCGCCACUCACCCUGCACCCGCCCCUCACCCUGCAACCGCCACUCACCCUGCACCCGCCCCUCACCCUGCACCCGGCCCUCACCCUGCACCCGCCCCUCACCCUGCACCCGCCCCUCACCCCGCCCCUCACCCUGCACCCGCCCCUCACCCCGCCCCUCACCCUGCCCCUCACCCUGCACCCGCCCCUCACCCUGCACCCGUCCCUCACCCCGCCCCUCACCCUGCCCCUCACCCUGCACCCGCCCCUCACCCUGCACCCGUCCCUCACCCCGCCCCUCACCCUGCCCCUCACCCUGCACCCGCCCCUCACCCUGCACCCGCCCCUCACCCCGCCCCUCACCCUGCCCCUCACCCUGCACCCGCCCCUCACCCUGCCCCUCACCCUGCACCCGCCCCUCACCCCGCCCCUCACCCCGCCCCUCACCCUGCACCCGCCCCUCACCCUGCACCCGCCCCUCACCCCGCCCCUCACCCUGCACCCGCCCCUCACCCCGCCCCUCACCCCGCCCCUCACCCUGCACCCACCCCCCCGCACCCCGCCCCUCACCCCGCCCCUCACCCCGCCCCUCACCCUGCACCCGCCCCUCACCCUGCACCCGCCCCUCACCCCGCCCCUCACCGUGCACCCGCCCCUCACCCCGCCCCUCACCCUGCACCCGCCCCUCACCCUGCACCCGCCCCUCACCCCGCCCCUCACCCUGCACCCGCCCCUCACCCUGCACCCGAGCACCUGGCGCAGGUCAGACAGAACGUGGAUGAUGGGGGUGCUGGGCGCCGUGGCUGCUCCUCUUCCAGUUCCCAAAUGCUGCACAGGACAACCAUGUUCUCAGCUGAGCAUCACAGCCCAGCGCCCAGCGCCGCCGCCGGUGGCUCCGUGCUGUUGGCCCUGCCCUGGCUACGCCUGCGGCUGUGUGGACUCCCUCCCCAAGCUGAGCUGCCCGGAGAGGCCUAG